AUGGAGUACCACGCUGUGCCGCCAGAGGAGCGCGCAAGAGAUGAAAAUGGCAACCUCCUACCUUGGGGCUAUCUUUACAAAGAUGAAUCUCGCAAUCCCCGACGACCACCAGAGGAAACAGGGCCAUUUGGCAAGCGCAGAAACGCCCGAUAUGAAGCACGAUCCCGUACACGCACUGGAACCCCAGCAAAGAGAGAGAACCCCAGUGUAGCUGAGUUCGGACGGUUAUUUGCCCAGCAGCAACAAGAAGAGGAGAAAACAAUCGGCCUGCCUAAAUCAACAUCGUCCGGUAGCCUCGAUAACCCACGGAAGCAGACUGAAAAAGUCGCAACGGAGUGCAUUCUCUAUGGCUACAAGGACAAGGACACCGAGUGGAAAGUGAUCGAUAAAUAUGAGCGCAUCUCACAGGGCAUGAUCUGUGAGGACUACCCACGCAGCGACCCCAACUCCAUGACCCAGUAUGCUCAGCUACUCAGCGGCGGUGACAUCGUGAUCCGCGCAAACCUGUCCGCCGAUGCGAACCGCAAAUCAAAGCGCUACGCUGGAGGCUUCCACUGGAUCAAGGUCACAUUUGACUCGGCCGCCGCCGCAGACAAGGCGAUCUUCUUCUCUCCGCAGGAGAUUGACGGAAAUGUCGUGUUCUGCGAGUUGUUUGACGGCCAUGGCCCUUCAGAUGAUCAACCCAUCCCCGCAGACUCAACACUAGCCAGGAAGCUGAACAACAAAGCUCCUCGCACCCUGACCUCCACACAGUCAUCCUCAUUCCUAUCCAAUAAGUAUUCGGAUCAACAGGACCGGUUCACAUUGCCACGGUCCUUCGCCAUGAACAAUCUCGCAAGUGUCGUCGAUUAUGAUGAGACAGAAGAAGGCCAGUCUUUUUCCUCUGCAACUGUCUCUGGCACUGGGACUACAACUACAGCUACAUCUGCAACUGUGGCCGCGACCCCGACCGCAACCAGUACCAGUACCUCGUUCAGCGACCGAACCUCUUCGCUACAGCAGCGGAAUGUCCCCAGCGAUCCCAAGCCCGAAUCCGAUUUUAUGACACAUAUUCCCACCGUCCGCCGGACGAAGCUACGCCCUCUCACCGAAGCCCUCCCUCCUCAACCCACCGUUACCGAGAGAGUGCUGCGUUCGAUCCCUAUCUUGAGCUGGUUCACUGGUGAUAUCGUUGGAGAUGGCCCACAGCUGCGCGAGGACGGUACAUUCGAUUACGAUAAGUCAACCACCUACUGGCGCUUUUGGUACAUGGUGGACAGAGUUCUUGGCACCGAUGUCUGUGGGCUGAGGGAGGAGUCUUGA